AUGUCCACUACAAGAAAAAUUUUGCUUAUUGGUUCUGGAUUUGUCGCUGGUCCAGCAGCGAAAUAUAUAUUGCGACGUCCAGAAAACCACAUGACAAUUGGAUGUCGAAAUCUUUCUCAGGCUGAAACGCUUGCAAAUCAAUUUCCUAGAACAACACCAAUUUUUCUUGACGUAACUAUUGAAAAAGUGCUCGAUGAAGCUGUUUCUAAACAUGAUUUAGUCAUUAGUUUAAUCCCUAAUGUGUAUCACUGGUUGGUAUUUAAAUCUGCUAUUAAAUUUAAGAAGAAUGUCGUCACAACUAGUUAUGUUUCUCCAGCUAUGAAAGCAUUUGAUGAAGCUGCUAAACAAAAUGGAUUAACUUUUAUGAAUGAAAUUGGUUUAGAUCCUGGUCUUCCUGCUCCUGAAGCUUCUAAUAAUCCACUUGGUUAUAAAUUUAGUUGGUCAUCUCGUGGUGUUUUAUUGGCACUACUUAACUCUGCUAAAUAUUAUCAAAAUGGACAGGUUGUCGAAAUUCCUAGUGAAAAACUUAUGUCAUCAGCCAAGCCAUAUUUCAUAUAUCCAGCUUUCGCAUUUUUGGGAUACCCUAAUAGAGAUUCUACAGUUUUCAGAGAACUUUAUAAAAUUCCUGAGGCUCAGACGAUUCUACGUGGAACUUUAAGAUAUCAGGGAUUCACUAAUUUUGUCAAAGUUAUAGUUGACAUAGGUCUUUUAAAUGAUUCCCAACAGGAUUACUUAGAACCUAAUGCACCAGAUAUUACUUGGAGAAAUUUGUUAGCAAAAGCUAUUGGAUCACCCAGUAGUUCUGAAUCUGACCUUCGACGUCAAAUUGCUUCUAAAAUCACUAAUCUAUCAGAAGAAGAAACUGAAAGAAUUCUUAAAGGAUUAAAAUGGAUAGGUCUUUUCUCGGAAAACUAUGUUGAUCGUCGGGGAACAUUGCUUGAUACCUUUUGCUCAGCUCUUGAAGAGAAAAUGCAAUAUGCUGAGGAUGAAAGAGACAUGAUAAUUCUUCAACAUAAAUUUGAAAUCGAAACUAAAACGGGAGAAAAUGAAAUUUGGACCUCGACUUUAUUAGAAUAUGGUGAACCUCGGGGUACAUCAGCAAUGGCUACCACAGUCGGUACACCUUGUGGAAUUGCUGCUCAAUUAAUUUUAGAUGGAAUCAUUAAUGAGAAAGGAGUUUUAGCUCCAUACACACCAGAGAUCAAUAAUCCAAUAAUUAAGGCUUUGGAAAAAGAAGGAAUUAAAGUUAUUGAAGAAAAGUUAUAG